AUGAACUCAGUGUUCGAGUACCUGCCACCAGCCGAGGGCCUUCUGCCUAAAUGGAUCUUCUUCGUACCCUACCUCUCGCUUGGCCCGACACAAAAGGUCUACUGUGGCUCGAAGACCGUCCCAGCAGGAGUACCUGCCAGCACCGUUCCCAGCACAUCACCCGUCACACCUCUUUCAGCUCGCACCUUCGGCACCUGGACCGCAAUUACUGCCAUCGUCCGUCUCUAUGCAGCCUACAACAUCAACAGCAAGCCCAUGUAUGAGCUGGCGUUCUGGACAUAUAUUGUUGCCUUCGCCCACUUCAUGUCCGAAUGGCUGGUCUUCGGCUCCACUAGAAUGGGCAAGGGUCUCGCUGGCCCUGCCAUUGUUGCUACCACCUCGCUGAUCUGGAUGUACACCCAGUGGGACCACUAUGUAAAGGCAUAA